AAAGUUCGUCAAGAAAAAGGGAAAAAUAUCUUCUUCGGCAAAAAAUCUCUCAGCCGUCUCUUUUUAUUUAUCAGUUCUCAGUUCUCACUCCUGUACAUCGGCAACUCACACCGACUGUACUGGCCGCGUCGCUGGAGCUCAUCCUCCUCCCUCAAUGUCGUCGUCCACCGCCUUCACGGAGUCUUCGGACCACUUCGAGACCCCAACGAUGGACUUGGAGGCCCCCACUCUCCUCCAGGACAUCACGGAGCAAGGCGGUUACGCAUACGUCAGCAUGGCAACGCUGGCCGCCGCUGGAGACUCCCGAGCGGCGGAGGCGGCGCGUGAGAUGGCUUGGGAGCAGCUUCACUCGGGUCCAUGGCACUCGGUGUUGCCCGUCUGGCGCGACGCCUACUCCAUGGCCUGCCUCCACGUGGCCAGACUCCAUUUUUCCAAGGGUGAGCUUAGCGAGUCCCUUAGGGUUUUGGACAUGGGAUUGAUCAUGGGCGGGAUGCUCCUCAGGAAGGACCUCGACUCGGCGGUCGACAAGGUCUCGGCCAAGGCCAGGGACGCAGGUGCGGUUUCAGAACAACUCGCAAAGCGAAAACUUGUCCGCCAGGACGGGCUCCGUGACGCAGAGGUACUUCAGUCUUUGCCAUUUAAGUCUCUGUCUUUGAAACUUGUGGGAAGGAGACCUUCUCUAUCUUUGGAGGGAUUUCUUCGUGAAUAUUUCUUAUCAGGUUCUCCGGUCAUUAUUAGUGACAGUAUGGCACAUUGGCCAGCAAGGACAAAGUGGAAUGACAUGGAUUACCUAAGAAGGGUUGCUGGAGACCGCACAGUUCCAGUUGAGGUUGGUAAAAACUAUUUGUGCCCAGAGUGGAAGCAAGAGCUUAUUACAUUUUCCCAAUUUCUUGCAAGGAUUGAAGCAAAUGACUUUUCUUCUGAUGCCCCUACAUAUCUUGCUCAGCAUCCGUUGUUUGAUCAGAUAAGCGAGCUACGGAAUGACAUAUGUAUUCCUGACUACUGUUUUGCUGGGGGCGGGGAGCUGAGGUCUCUUAAUGCCUGGUUUGGUCCAGCUGGGACAGUAACACCAUUGCACCAUGAUCCACAUCAUAAUAUACUUGCUCAGGUUGUUGGAAGAAAGUAUGUAAGGCUUUAUCAUGCUUCAUUGUCAGAGGAACUUUACCCAUACACAGAAACCAUGCUUAAAAACUCAAGCCAGGUUGAUCUAGACAAUAUUGACGAGAUACGGUUUCCAAAGGUGCAUGACUUAGGAUUUGAGGACUGCAUUUUAGAGGAAGGAGGAGGGCUAUCAACUUCUUGGAUGCUAGAUAUGAAGGGAUCUGGAUCCAUUUUUUGGUCGAGACGGCGAGUCACUUGUGUGUUAAGACGAAUUACGUGGUCCAAAGGGCUUCUACUUUUCUACCACUGAGUGUUGGGCAAUCUCAUUGCCAGUCUUCGUACUUUGAACCAUUACAUAUCCUUUAGAGUCGACCCGGCCGAAUCAUAUUUUGGCCCGACGUGCAUGGAAGGCCUCACACUCAACCCGACCCGUAAACUUCAGAUCGGGUCAAACCUGUUAUUUUUACUCGCAUGCUUGUAUUGUAUAUUUAUUUUUCUACAGCUUUGACCUCUCUCUCUCUCUCUCUCUCUCUCUCUCUCUCUCUCUCUCUCAGAGUACUAUGCUCUUCCCCAUUCCAUAGAUUGCUAUCUUGUAGAGGAGUACGAAAGCGCUACAUACUCGGAUUCGAUUUCUUCACGUUUUCACCUUUUCUUUUGCCGUAGCCUCCCCAAGGUAAAAUAGAAAAGAAUGGGAAAUCACAACUCUUUAAUUUCCACUUGUACCAAUUCGUUUAUGGAGAAUCCUUGUUCUUAUCAACUUUGUUUUUAAUUUUUAUUAACUUUUUUAUCAA